AUGUACAACGCCCUCGCGCAGACAGACCGGCUCGACGCUGCGUCUUCUGCCUCCGACGAUGCCUCAGACCGCUCGCCGGCCCUCGGGUCGCCUGUGUUUGCGCCACUGGCGCUCGACUUCGACAACUUUGGCGGCUCAGAGCACAGAGACGCCGCCAGCACCGCGCCAGACUCGCUCCUCCAGACUGCGACGACGGCCAUCAUGCGCCAGAAAGCCGCCAGCUACGAGCUGGUCGAGGCAGACGAGUACGCCGUGCCCGAGAAAGCCCCUGAAAGGAUGCCUGAGACAGAGAACAAGCCUGAGGAGCCGGUGAUGCAGACGCCUCGCAGCCGGAGAAAUUCAACGCCUCUACGCCAUCCAACGCCUGACUUGCAGUCGAUCCAGGGGGCCUAUAUCGGCAACGUGGAAAGACUCGAGAAGUCUGCUGAGCGUAUGAGCAUGGAGGUCGAGGCCGAGAGGGUCCUGGAGACGCUGAACCGCAUGUCGAUGCCCCGGUCGAGGGCCACUUCAGGGGCGUCCAUCGCCAAUUCGAGGGCCUCGCCCGGUUCCCCUGGCGCCUCUGCUGCUGCUGCUACGUCUAUUUCAGCGUCCGGAUACGGGAGUUUGUCGAGACAAUCUUCGCUGAACAGGCCGCGGCUACGGUCUGGCUCGUCUGCGUCUCGACUGGCUCACAUCAUCGAGCCAGAGAACGAGGGUGCUGCUGAGAUGGCUCCUCCGACCAUACCGCCUCCCCCUGAGCACCGUCUGGAACAACAGCCAUUACAAUAUGGACAACAGCAAGAGCAGCAAUAUGGACAGCAGAAUGAGCAGCAAUAUGGGCAGUACGAGCAGCAGAAUGAACAGGGAGAAAGACCGGAGAGUGCUGGCUCUGGGGACACCUACCAGCAGUCUACGAACCUGUUCAAGGACUUCGACGGCGUUCACUUUACACCACAUAUCAGAGAAGUACCUCGUUCCCGCGGAGUCUCUCUCUCGAAACCUCCUCUCGCAGCCGAAGCUGAACACUACAAUAACCCUCCUCCCGGCCAGGAUGUGGUCUACUACCCGGCCCCCGUGCCCAUGAUGCUCAACCUGCCCCAACGACUCUCCCGCAAACCUCCAAUGUCCGAGCAAGAGAAACGACGCACGCAAUUGAUCAAUUCGAUCUCUCCGGAGGCACGCAAGUCGGCCGCCUGGAUCACAGACGCCGAACAAGGCUCGAAUGUAGGAGACAGGAUGAGCAAGCGGCUAUCAAAUCUCCCACCACAGCUCCGUGCAAGCGCAUUCUUUGACGCUCCCAAGACCCAGAUCGAUGUUCGUAUACAAGGAGAAUCAGCUGUUGAUACGUUGGAGAGUAUAUUGGAUGCUGCAGCACAUGCUCCCGUCAGUGCCUUUACAGACCACCCUAUAGUCGGCCACCUGGGCGCAGAUGUGUACAAGCAGAAACGCGCAAAGAACAAGAUCAACAAAAAGAGAAGGUCAGCGAAGCCGGAUGGAACCAUGACUACUGAUCGAUCCGUGUCCUCUACCACCAAGCCGGGAAGCCACAUACGUACUCCUUCAGACGGACAAAUGCUGGACAAUGUCGACGAGAGUACCUCCUUGCGGAGUAACUUCGACGAGCACGCCAGCCAUGGAUAUUCCAGAACUCCGUCGCCCUUGAGAGAGGCUGGAGCGCAUGAAGAAGAUGACGAGGAGGAAGAAGAGGAGGAAGACGAGGAAGAAGAAGACGAUGACGAGGGGAAGAACGACGAACCAAUCUUUGGACCGCCAACGACCCUGCUUGCUGAGCUGCAGAUGCGAAAGCAUCAGCAAAAGAUGAGAACCCGGACAGCAGCCACGGCGUUCCCCAAUGGAAUGCACUCGACGCUGCUUGAACUGGAUAGCGUUGCACAGCGCCAGCGAGAGAAGCGAGACAAGGGCCGAGUUACACUCGCCUGGGAAGGCCACCAGGGUACAGGCCAGGACGAGCUCGACGACGACGAUGUACCGCUGGGAGUCCUUUUCCCCGAGCAGAGCAGACUGCAGGACGAGAACCGACCCCUGGGCCUGAUGGAGAAGCUUGUUCUUGAAGAGAGCGAGCCGCUUAGUAGACGACGGGCCAGGAUCAGGGGAGAACCGCUCAACACGGCCCGAGCAGCAACGCCUCGCAAUCUGGCCGCGAGGGACCCCAGCCCCAAUAAGCGGGCUAGUACUGCAUACACGCUUGAUAUUCCAGGUCUCACAGAUAACAAUGUGACCGGCAACGAAGAGAGCGGAGACGAAGAAGAGACGCUUGCGCAGCGGAAGAACCGUCUGAAGGCCCGUGAUUCACGCAGCGAUUUCGACGACCUGAUAUCUAAAUUCGGAGACCUCGAUGGUGCGGCCGACAAGGACAAGACCAAAGAUGCGCCAGCGACAUCAGCGUCGGCAGCAGCGGCAGCACAAGCAGCGGCAGAGCCAGAGGAAGAAACAUUAGGCCAACGCCGCAAGCGUCUCCAAGCCGAAGCCAAGCUGCAAUCCGCCUCUGCAUCAGCAACUUCCUCCCCCUUCCAGGCCCGGCGGACAAUGGCCAACGUCCUGCAGGCCCAUCCAGCUCGUCCCGGCCUCGUCACCGCCCACUCAGAGCUCGACAUGCGCUACCGGACGCCGGCAGCCAUGGCCUCAACCCACUCCUUGCUCAAUCUGCCUCCCACCCGUGCCUCGAUGCUAACCAGCACCACGGCACCGUUCUCUAUGGCCGGCCAUCGUCUGUCUGGCGCACCAAUGCUGCCUUACAGUCACGGCCCGCCACCGGGCACUGCUCCGGCCAUGCUGAACGGCUCGGGCAUGCUGGGCAGCAGCACCGGCGCCGGUGGCUUCGGCUAUCCGACGAAUGGAUUCGUGUAUAACCCAGCAAGCAUGCAUCCCGUCGGUGGGCAGCAGGAGAUGAUUGAUCCUCGACAGCGGGACAUGAUUGAUCGAUGGAGACUGAGUGUUCGCCAGUAG